AUUACUGUCAUUUGACGUUGAUUUGUCAAAAGUAUUGAAUUUGUUGUGGUUAGAAAUUGAUUAGGUUUUCUGGUUUUGUAGUAAUUUUAUUAACAAUUAUGGAUUUCUUCACUUCCAUACCAACUCAUAUUGACUAUGUGGGCCAGGCUAAAGCUGAAAAAUUGUACAGAGCCAUUAUUACACUGUUCAGUAUAGUUGGUUUCGUAUGGGGCUACAUCGUUCAACAGUUUUCGCAGUCUGUAUACAUAUUGGGGGCCGGAUUCAUCUUAGCUGCAAUCCUGACUGUUCCUCCAUGGCCCAUGUACCGCCGCAACCCACUAAAUUGGCAGAACCCCAGAAGUAAUGAAGAAAAACCAGCAGGAAAGAAGGGCAAGAAAUGAACAUUCCUACCUUGUUAUAUGCCGCACACACCAUGACCACGAGUGCAAUUUCAUCAGUUAUGUAUUUCUUUACUCUCAAAUAAAAUAGUUAAUAAGG